CACACAAAGAAAUCCUGCGCAUGUGCAGAGGACGCGAUUCAUUCACCAGUCGGAAAGUAGGAAGUCUCUAUCACCGAAGCUACGCUAAUCGUAAAGUGGUUCCCCCUCUGCUGUGUAGGACGAACCUCGUUAGCAACGGGUGAAUCGAGUGAAGAAGUGUCAAAAGCGUGAGUGUGAAAAUUGAAAUAAGGGAAAUAAAAUGGACACCAAGGACGACGAGAGAACGGCGAGACUUCCGAUAGAUGGUUCGACUCGCGGUGAUAAACCGGGAGGAUUCGACUAUGACGAGGACAAACUCCACGAGAUGACAGCUUCCUACUCGGAAAUAUCAUUCGAUUCCCAAUCGUCGCCGCCGAUGUCGGAUCUCCGUUCAUUGAUGGAAUCCCCCGACUUGGAUGGGGAGAAAUUGGACUCCAACAAUCCGAGGCCCAACAGUCUUGAGCUGAAAAACGACGAUCUCAGUGCCGAGGAGGACGACGAUGGACCUAUCGAGAUUAUCCAACCGCCGAGCUAUAGCAAGGCGAUCAAAUACCUCCAUCUCCAAGGCACUGUCACUCAGGAGGGAGACAUGGUCCUUUUUGUCACCGAGGAUUUGGAGAGCAAAAUAAAGCUCUCGAGUCCGAUAACCAAGAGAGGAGAGACGCCCUCCUUUCCUGGCUCGAGGAGUUCGACGCCUUGCCUCUACAGGCAGGCACUCACACCUCAGCUUCCCAUUCUCGAUCACAACGUCCUUAAUGAGCUAGAAAUGGAGGCUCGGAAGGUGGCGACCUCUGUCGACUCCUUGACCGAAAACCUUGCCGCGAUAUUGCAUAGCGUAUCUGCGUUGACAGUCGAUUGCUUAGAGACUUACAGAGACGCGGUCUGCAAGACCUGCGACGCUGUAGACCACAACAUCAAGUCGAUGUAUCAGCUGAUGGCGAAGUGCGAGGAGCUAUCCAAGUCUAUGGGUCCAAUAUACAAGCUGGCAGAGCGAAUAAAGGAGAUGAAGAGGAUGCUGGAGCUUUUCGAGAACACGAUGAACAUGUGAGGGGGUAAACGGGAAGUGAAAAUGCAAGAAUGAGGUAAAACUGAUCGCCAUAUCAGACCACGCGACUCGUUGCAAAUAUUAACUCGCUUUCUUCUCAAUCCGAUAGGUGUACACGUAUAAUGUAAUUUGCAAUAUGGCAGACCGUCGAUCGAUUCAAGGGUUCUCACCAUAUGUAACUAUUAUACACAGAUAUUUAUUCAACCAGUUGCGUCGCGUCAUAAUUCACACGGUGUUUCGUUUCUCACCGAUAAAUUCCGCGCGCUCGCUAACAAGUCAAAAGGUUUAAUUACACUAACGACGCGUCAACGUUUUAUACCCUGCAGAUAUUAUUACUAUAACCACAAGCUCGUUAAUAGGGACAGGGCUGCUCGGGUUAAACCACAAUAUGCAUACAUUCAGUAGCGAAUCAAACCCGACUCUCAAUCUGCAUAGUAAUUAUUACACAAGGUGCUUACGCGUGAUUCACUGUGUGUAAAUUGGCACCUUUUUUCGAAACCGUACAGCUUACGGCUAUUCAGUUUUGUUAGUUUACGUCUGACUCAAUUAUGGGGAACCCGCAUGGAAGCCGUAUUUGCUGUUUGUAUUAUAACGCGAGCGCGUUAUGCCAGCUAGUAUGACUCGAGGAAUUGAAUUCAAAGGGUCGAGCUGCUCUUUCGCGAAUUUCUUUUCACCCACUGUCGUCGGCUUAUCAUUAUUUAUCGUUAGAUGCGCGGUUCUCUCUGCACCGCUUUUCAUCGUCGCCAAUAUUUCUGUCUUUUGAAAAUAUGUUUUAUGCUUGUAUUUUCCACCCUUCGUUCUCUUUUCGUCUAUUUAUUAUGUACUGUUACACGCGAUGAACGAUUUUUUACACUUUUUUACACGCCGUUCAAAUUACAUGCACGCCGUUCAUUCCAGCGAUUAAUCGAUCAGGCGAUAAAUUGGUGAAAUCAUUUUUAUCAAUGUAAGUACGAAAUUUCAGUAAAAUCAACUGGUACGAAAACUUUUCCUUCAAAUAGUCAAUUUUUGUUCUUUGAAAUGUGUGUAUCCGUUUGUUUUUGCCAAACUCCAUGUCUUAUUUAUAUUUUUAAACCGUGAUAUAUUUAAUCUUUUUGUACUAUCGCAACAUUCCGCUUAAAUAUGUUCAAUUUAAAAAAAAAAUUACAAUUUUUAACCCAGAUUUGCAGUAAUAAUAUUGUUAGUCAAUUGAAUAUUAAUUCUUCCCAAAUGAUGUGUAACCCCGGUUAAAGGGUAUCUAGGUACCGAUAAAUCAAUGUUGAAAACUUUCAAUCGGUUUUCGUAUUAGGCCCGUAAAACAUCAGAUAUAGGUAUAGUUUUAAAAAAUAUUUCAACCGUAUAAAUCGUUGUAAAUAUGACGAUAUGAAUAAAACACGCAAAUAUCGAUGUGACAUUUUAA